UUAUCCCAGGAAAUCAUGGGAUUCUCAUGAAUGCCUGCUUAUGACAUACAGGUCCACGUGGGGGCGGAGUUUUGGCUUCCUUUUCCUCUGUGACAUUUCUGGAAAGAGGGAACUUAAAGACACAGGCCUGGGACUGUGGCAUGAAGGUCUUUGUGUAACACCCGUCUUGAAGGUCUGUGACUAUCUCCAACCACAUGUCAAAAGAGGGGUAGAAUGUUCCCAGAUCUUCAUGCCACCUGGCCAGUCCCCUUAACAUCAUCCUCCUUUUGCCCUCCGGGUGCCCAGCAAGGAGAGGCCAGCAACAAUCCUAAGGCUCUGAGCCUGGGGAGGUCAGGCCUACAGAAGGGCCUGCUGUGAGUCCCAAGGUGCUCAGGGACCUCAGGAUUGUCUCCUGCCCCAGCUGCACUACAAGCUCGGUCCUUCCUUACCUAUUCUUUUGUUGUUGUUGUUGUUCUCUUUCACUUAUGCACACAGAUCUAAGCCAAAACUUUGGGCUACAUUAAGUAAAGAUAAUGCUUUACUAAUGGCCUUGAACUAAGGCCCUAUCCCAUGAGUGACAGAAACAGGCCCACCUCCUCUUCCAUAACUGACAGGUACUGGACAAAAUGUUCUCCAAGGGAUAGGAGGGACACUAUCCCCUCCAAGGGACAGUGUUCCCCUCCACACUGUCAGUGGCACUGUGGUGUGAGGGCAACGGGCUAGAGCUGCACGGGCUGUCAGACCCUACCCCAGGCUUUUCCCAUGGCACAGAGAGCAAGGCGAUCAGGGAUGGAAACCAGCUCCUAAGUCUGGGCCAGGGUCUGCCCCGCCAUUUCUCUGUGCCAAGAGAAAGGAGCAGGAAUCUCCCUGGCUGCGGCCUCUUCCCUGUCUGGUGGUCCACACUAGAGUGAUUGACUUCCCCUGCUCUUGCCCAGAGGAGACAGAACUGGGCUGGUCUGCCCCUCUGGAUUCUAUCUGGGCAUGACUGGCUUCUGGAGGAGUUGGAGUGAAACAGAGAACGGGGCCCCCACAUUUCCACGAAUAUAUUGAUUCACUCACUCAACGAAUGUUUGUGUAACACCACGUGGACCCAGGCACAGUGGUACAUAAGCAUUAAGGAGGUCCUGAACUUUGGCAGUUCAGCACAGUGGAGAACACCACCUUGGGAGAAUCAGGGAAGACGCUAAAGGAGGAGGAGAUGCCAGUGCUAAACCGAAGGUGCUGUUGGGGUGUAGAUGUGGAGCAGAGUAGCUGACAAGUUGAGAGGCCCAGAAGAAAAGAGACACUUCCCUGACUAGGACCCUCAAAUAUGGCUCUUCCUGGGCCCCAGGACAGAGAAUGGUCUUCUGCAGCGUGACCCUGGUUGAGAAGAGGCCAGUGCACUUGUCCAGCCAGCUCCCUGCGUUACCCACUGUCCAGACAGCUAUGACCUACCUCUUCCCCAUGCUGCUGCCCCAGGUCGUCCCCGUCAAACGCAAAACAAACGUGUGUGCGCACUUGCAGGCGCUGGUGUGUGUACCAGGGGAGGGGCUUCUACCAGGUUGUUAUCACCUCUCUCUGACCUGCGUGUAUGUCUGCAAGUCGGGCAGUACACGUGACUGGGAGCAGUUAACAUCUUGGAGCAGGGCGUUUGGCCCAGGGACUGACUGGGCAGGCGGAGACAGAAGUCUUGCGUCCCUGGCCAAACUGGUGAUUUCUGUGGUAGCUUGACCUCCCAUAGGGAACCUUUCCCCGGCCUGGGAAGCCAGCCUCAUCCCAGAGCACUCAGCCCAGGAUGGGCAUGCAGGGACGGCAAGCAGAUGCAGGCCCAGGGCCUCCAAGAGACAAACGAACUGAAAGAGAAGUCUUCUUGUCCUGACUGAGCCACAGUGGGGAGAGGAAAGGGUUGCCCAGCUGCCUUUAUGGUCAGACAGGUCCUGGCCAGAGUUCUCCCCCUCCACACAAGGCAACCUUUCCCCAGCCAUCUAGCCUCCUGCAUUGGGUGUGUCUCCCACUAAAACCCUUGUCCAUUAUUCAGUCUCUGUGUCUGCUUCUCGGAGGACCCAUAUUAAUUAACAUAGAAAGGCAACUUAGCCGCAGUGGGACAGGAGUGAAUACAGGGCGUCCUGGGACUCUUGUGCCUCUGGGAAAAUAACAACGGAGCCCUGGAUGAAGGGUAUGGUCACAUGAAAAUGUCAAGCGCCAGGAGAAGCUUGAUGUGGAGAACUGCCAGACACAAAAUCAACAGGAGAUCCCACUUGAGUCCAGUACUAAGCAGAGCCACAAGAUAAGGUCGUCAGCUGAGCUGGGUCCAGAAAUCCCCUCCCCUUAAGGAGUCCCAAGUCGCCCUGUCCUUGCCCUUUGCUCUCUGAACUGUCCUUCCCAUCAAGGCUCAGUCUCUUCCCCAGGGUGAGCCCCACACCCUCCAGGAGGACCUUUCUACUGGUCAGCUCACUCCAAGCCAUGAACAUAGCUGGGAAACAGGAACUUUAUAUCAUGACCUCAGAGAAAAGGAUACAGUCUGAAACGACAGACUUUUCCCCUCCUCAUCAGCAGUUGGAGACCCUGCCCCUGAGCAGAAAGGAGAGGAAGAGAGGCCCUGGCAGGAUUGAUGGUCAUUCCCCACCUCCUCCUCCUCAUCUUUUCCCUCCCCCAAACGGGCACUGAGUCCCCUGCAAGAGGCGGGAGCAGAGGCCGUGCAAGACCAGCUGCUCUCAGACUCUCUUUGCCCUCUGCUGGCUUGGCUGGGCUGGGCCUUUGCUCCCUCUUCCUCCAGGUGAGAGCGGGUAGCUGAGGUGUCAGGCCCCCCACCUUAUUCCCCAUGAGUACUGUGGAAAGUCCCGAGGGGCAGGAGCUGCAAAAUCUGAGGAGAGAAGCCUGGGACAACCCCGCCUACUGUGGCUCUUCCUCCCCACAUGGGACGCUGAGGAUCUGCACCAUCUCCAGUGCGGUGCACCCCCAGCCUCAGCCCAAGAAGCCUGGAGACAGACCCCAGGAGAAGGCACACAGGAUCCUGGUGUCCAGCUGCUGCCUCCAGAUUUUUCGAGGCAUCAGAGGACUCUGGGGAACAACCCUGACUGAGAACACAGCUGAGAACCGGGAACUUUAUGUCAAGACCACCCUGCGAGAGCUUUUGGUGUACAUCGUGUUCCUGGUGGACAUCUGCCUCUUGACCUACGGAAUGACAAGCUCCAGCGCCUAUUACUACACCAAAGUGAUGUCUGAGCUCUUCUUACAUACCUCGUCUGAUACCAGAGUCUCCUUCCAGGCCAUCAGCAGCAUGGCGGACUUCUGGAAUUUUGCCCAGGGCCCACUACUGGACAGUUUGUAUUGGACCAAAUGGUACAACAAUCAGAGCCUGGGCCACGGCUCCCACUCCUUCAUCUACUAUGAGAACAUGCUGCUGGGGGUUCCAAGGCUGCGGCAGCUGAGGGUCCGCAAUGACUCCUGUGUGGUGCACGAGGACUUCCGUGAGGACAUUUUGAGCUGCUAUGAUGUCUACUCUCCGGACAAGGAAGAGCAGCUCCCCUUUGGGCCCCUCAAUGGCACGGCGUGGACAUACCACUCACAGGAUGAGCUGGGGGGCUCCUCUCACUGGGGCCAGCUCACAAGCUACAGUGGAGGUGGCUACUACCUGGACCUUCCGGGAUCCCGACAGGGCAGUGCAGAGGCACUCCGGGAGCUUCAGGAGGCCCUGUGGCUAGACAGGGGCACUCGGGUGGUUUUCAUUGACUUCUCAGUCUACAAUGCCAACAUCAAUCUCUUCUGUGUUCUGAGACUGGUGGUGGAGUUUCCAGCUACAGGAGGUGCCAUCCCAUCCUGGCAAAUCCGCACAGUUAAGCUAAUUCGCUAUGUCAGCAACUGGGACUUCUUUAUUGUUGGCUGUGAGAUCAUCUUCUGCAUCUUCAUCUUCUACUAUGUGGUGGAGGAGAUCCUGGAGCUCCACAUCCACCGACUUCGCUACCUCAGCAGCAUCUGGAACAUUCUAGACCUGGUAGUCAUCUUGCUCUCCAUUUUGGCUGUGGGCUUCCACGUAUUCCGGACCCUGGAGGUGAAUCGGCUGAUGGGGAAGCUCCUGCAGCAGCCAAACACGUAUGCUGACUUCGAGUUCCUCGCCUUCUGGCAGACACAGUACAACAACAUGAACGCUGUCAACCUGUUCUUUGCCUGGAUCAAGAUAUUCAAGUACAUCAGCUUCAACAAAACCAUGACUCAGCUCUCCUCCACGCUGGCCCGCUGUGCCAAGGACAUCCUGGGCUUCGCUGUCAUGUUCUUCAUCGUUUUUUUCGCCUACGCCCAGCUUGGCUACCUGCUUUUUGGGACCCAAGUGGAAAAUUUUAGCACUUUCAUCAAGUGCAUUUUCACUCAGUUCCGGAUCAUCCUUGGGGACUUUGACUACAAUGCUAUCAACAAUGCCAACCGCAUCCUGGGACCUGCCUACUUUGUCACCUACGUCUUUUUCGUCUUCUUUGUACUCCUGAACAUGUUCCUUGCCAUCAUCAAUGACACAUAUUCAGAGGUCAAAGAGGAGCUGGCUGGACAGAAGGAUGAGUUACAGAUUUCUGACCUCCUGAAACAGGGAUACAACAAGACCCUAAUGAGGCUACGUCUCAAGAAGGAACAGGUUUCCGAUGUGCAGAAGGUCCUGCAGGGUGGGGAGCAGGAGAUCCAGUUUGAGGAUUUCACCAACACCUUAAGGGAACUGGGGCAUACAGAGCAUGAGAUCACUGAGCUCACGGCCACCUUCACCAGGUUUGACCAAGAUGGGAACCGUGUCCUAGAUGAGAAAGAGCAGAAACAAAUGCGACAGGACCUGGAAGAGCAGAGGGUGGCCCUCAAUGCUGAGAUUGAGAACCUGGGCCAAUCCAUUGUGAAGAAUCCACCAGGCAAGUCGGGUCCAGAGGCUACUGGAGCAGGUGACUGGGUUUCAGGAGAAGAAUUCUACACACUCACAAGGAGAGUUCUGCAGCUGGAGACUGUCCUGGAAGGUGUCAUGGCCCAGGUUGAUGCUGUGGGCUCAAAGCUAAAAAUGCUGGAGAGGAAGGGGCAGCUGGCUCCCUCCUCAGACAGGUCAGUGUAUAAGGGAAGGUGGGGGGGAACAGGUAUGGGGAAGCACCUGCAGCCAGCCCCAGCUGUGACUCCAGCCCCCUGGGGAGUCCAGGGUGGGCAGAGCAGUGGUUGGGGAGGGGUCCUAAAGCAUGAGACAGCAGGCUCCUCUCUCACUGCCUCCCCAGAGGCCCCUCUGCACGUAGCCUCCACUUCUAGGGCAACAGUUCCCACCACUGCUGUUGGCGGGCACCACCCUGUGUUUGGCCUUUUGAGUAUAACUGGGCAUCAUGCUUAGGCCUGUGAUUCAGUGUUUCUGUGUGUAGCUCUGUGGCUCUGCAUAGCUCUGUGAAAUAAUAUCUCCCCCUGGGCCUCUUACUCCCUGUGCUUCCGGUCUCUGCUGUAGUGAUUAGACAAACAAAAAGGUCAGUAACAAACAGAAUGAAGGAAGGGAGGGUAAUGACUUCCUCAAGCAUUUGGACUGCCAUGAUUUGUGAAAGAAAGUAGAAGCCAAGAGUAGCAAAAUCUAGCUGUCCUCCUAUUUGCCAGUGUAUGUUAUCCUUUGUAGAUCUAGAGAUCAGCUGCUAGAACCUAUUGGGUUUUCGUCUUCGCCAUAGAGUCUUCCUGUAGAAGAGAAGGGGAAGCCGUAUAGGAGAGGAGGCCUUCUCGUGUAGGGCAAUUAUAAUAUUUGCAGAGGAAUUGCAGUGAUGACCUCCCCAACCUGAAGGCUCAGUGGGGAAGCCUGCUCCCAACAUUCUGCAGAACACUGGGGACUGAUGAGGCUGUAAACUAAGAUGAAGAUGGAGCCUGAGGAGGGUCAGGCAAAGAACUGACCUCAGAAUUCAUAGAUCUUUGAACUAAUGUGUGUUGGGCUCUGACUCUAUUCUUCUGGUGACCACCAAUAAAAAUCCUUAGGAAAAUCAGGAUGUUGCACUUUCUUCUGAAAUUGUAAGGGGAAGAAGAGAGGUGGAACUGUGAGCCAUCCUUGUACUUGGGCUAGGGAGAGCUCAUCCCUACUGGGAGGUCUGGAAUGGAGGCAGUGACAAUGGGAAGAGCUGGCCUGCCCUAGGAGU